AUGAUCGUAGCGAGGGAGAGCGUCCAGGUCUUCCCAUCCAGUGGCGGCGCAGCACCUCGCACAUCCCAUGCAAUGCACCCCAGUACCCCUGAGUCCUACAACUUGGCAUGUCGCAGACUCUUUAUCGCAUUCACGGAGCUUCUAGGAGCUCCCGGCUUCAAGCUCAUUUUGCCCGCAGAGGACGGACCAAUCGUCGCAUCGCAGCCAGCUGCCAGCUGCGUGCGCGGCGUUGCUGCCCAGUGCCAGUUCGUUGCAAAAGAGCCUCUGCACAGUAAGCUGCGACUUAGGUGCCCCCGUCAAACUGCCAGCCUUCCAGCUCUGCAUCCGCUCAGAGUCUGCGCGAUCAUUUUCUAG